AAUGUUUUUUUCCCUCCCAGACGACGUCCGAUGGGUGUGUCGGCCGGAGGUGAUAUUUGAAGGGCUGCGGGCGCGGGCGAGCUGCUGCGGAGCCUGGGGCGCCAGCACUGGGCGAGAGCAUGGCCUCCCGGGACCCUCCGGACACCAGCUACGCCCCGCCCGACGUGCCCUCGGGGGUCGCGCUGUUCCUCACCAUCCCCUUCGCCUUCUUCCUGCCCGAGCUGUUAUUUGGGUGCUGGGUCUGGAUCCUCGUAGCUGCCACCCAGGUUGCAGACCCGUUGCUGCAAGGAUGGGUGAUGUAUGUCUCGCUCACCUCGUUUCUCAUCUCCCUGAUGUUCCUGUUGUCUUACUUGUUUGGAUUUUACAAAAGAUACGAGUCCUGGAGAGUCCUGGACAGCCUGUACCACGGGACCACUGGCAUCCUGUACAUGAGCGCUGCUGUCUUACAGGCACACGCCACCAUCAUUUCUGAGAUGAAGGACCUGAAAAACUAUUUCAUAAACACAGCAGCUUCGUUCUUCGCCUUCGUCACCACCCUGCUCUACAUCCUCCAUGCCUUCAGCAUUUACUACCACUGAAGAGCGGGGAGCCAGGCCGAGCAGGAAACGCUCUUUUAAGACAUGGGUUAUUGGCUCCAAAAGUAGUUUUCAACAUUCACCAUCUGGAUGACAAACAGAAGAUCACCAGAAACAUCAAAUGAGAUGAACAGACCAUCUUUGCAGACUGUGACGGAAUCACACUCUGGCAUAUCUGUUUGGAUGGGUUAAUUCACUGUGAUGAAUAUGAAAACGCUGGGGUCUUUGUUUUUACUUUUGGUUUUUUUGACUGGGAAAGUGUGUCUCCUGGAAUUAUCUGACAAGGAACCUCACUCUCUUAGAAAACUAAGACCCAAAGCCCUCACAGUUGAGAAGCCACACCACCAUUGUCCUGCACGUUUGGGGAUCCUGCCUCAGUGUGAGGUUCCCUGGAGUAGGUUUAUAGGAAUAUCAGUCUUCUUUUCUUAAAAUUGAAAUGGUGCUAUCUACACCAGAUCCGCAGAAGGUGCACAGACCUCGUCCUGUUGUGCGGCUCGCCUCUGCUUCGGAGUGCAGCCCAGGGAAACCUGACAGGGAAGGGCCGUGUGCUCGAGCUGCAUUCCACUUCCCCCUUCCCUUUCCUCCCCACCUCUGGGUUCAAGGGAAAUCUGUGCAAAAUCAACUUUGAGGAUAGAUUUGUGGGGAAGAUAAGUGAUAUGAAAAAAUUUUUGUACAGUAAGACCUGGAGAUGGGGGACAGGGAGAGAAGGUAUAAUCCGCUUCUCCAGUCAGGCCUCCCAGAAGCCUGCAGGGCUGCAGUUCACCAAGGACUCCAAAACCACACACACCCCAUGGGGACUAGACACCACUUGUCCCUCAGAAAAGACCAUCAAGAAACAAGUUAAGACCUCACAUGCAAGGACUCUCUUCUGGGCUCCUGUCAAACCACGUGUGGCACCCCAGGGUCUGUUUUCCUUGGUGUACACCUGCUCCCCGGCAUCUCCUCGAGUGGGGCCAGCUGCGUGGGGCCAGGGCUGGGCUCACACAGGCUGGGAUGGGCCAAGGCAUUGACACUUGGGGCCACUCUCAAAGUAAAGGCUAAUGUUGCCCACACAGAAAUAUAAAAUCAAGGUGCUUGAAUUCAGAGUACAUGUUUUUCAAAAGAAAGCUGUGCUCUCUGGCUUUUCUCCACCUGCCCAGGGAGAGGUCUGAGCCCCUUGUCCUCCAUCUCUGAGCUGGGUCCCCUGACCCAGAUGAGUGGGGCACAGCCCCGUAACCUCAUGUGCCUGCUGCCAUUUGAAAUGAAAUAAAUUAUUACAUGAAA